AUGUCGAAGAAUUGGUACCUGUGUUCAGGCAAGCCCCCAGCUUAUGUACUGCCAGGUUGGUACCCUAGCGCUGACGAGAUCACAGUUUUCUGUCGAGCCACGGCAACAAACUAUAUCAAGAAGGUGCCGACCGAUAUUCAUCUUACUGAUCCAUCGGUAAUUGCUAACAAUCAGCUAGGCUAUUUCCUCAAGUUGAACGAUCUUGACACUCAAGGAAGACCCAAUGCCGAUCGGAACUGGACAGAGUGCUUUGCUCAACUGGUUGGAACCGUGCUUUCCUUGUGGGAUGCUGCAGCCCUCGAUGCAGCGGGUCAGGAUGGCGAGGUUGCGCCAACCUUCAUCAACCUUGCCGAUGCGUCUAUCAAGAUGAUCGAGACGCUCCCAACGCGCAAUCCCAACGUCCAACCACUACAAAACGUGCUGUCAGUGUCUACCGCGGGCAAAAAUCGAUACCUUCUACACUUCAAUUCUUUACAUUCGCUCACACAAUGGACCGCGGGCAUCCGACUGGCUAUGUUCGAGCACUCCUCAUUGCACGAACUCUAUACCGGAUCCCUGAUCGCUGGCAAAGGAAAGCAUCUAAAUAACAUUCGUACCAUCAUGGAAAGAUCAAAAUUUCGAACAGAAGACUGGGCAAGGGUACGAUUUGGUGCUGGAACUCCUUGGAGACGGUGCUGGUGUGUGAUUGAACCCCCGGAUGAGAAAGAAUGGCAAAAGUCAAACAAAUCUUUGAAGAAAAAGUCCGCAUAUGACAAACCGUCCCUACCGAAAGGAUGUAUCAAGUUUUACGACUCCAAGAAAACCAAGAAAGUCACCCCAAUCGCAACCAUUACAGACGCAUAUUCUGCAUAUGCCAUUUACCCUCAAUCCAAGCCAUUGAUUGACCAGUCAACUCUUGUCAAAGUUGAAGGCCGUAUCACCAUCCACUCCAAACCAGAAUCAAAGACCGAGGGAUUUGUAUUCGUCAUGCCUGAGCUACAUCCCGCGGUCUCGGGAUUCGAGAUGAUGCUCCGAUGGCUCUUCCCUGUCUAUGACAUUUUCCACCUUUAUGGCCGUCCUCAACGCCUUAUCGCUGAUACUUGGGAUACUCGUGGGCUUAUGUUUGCAAUGCCUAAGGAACGCCGAUAUGGUUACCUCGAUAUUAUCGAUGUUGCUUCACUCAUACACACACAAGGGAGUGUCAAUUGGAACGAACGCGAAUGGCGGAAGCAUCUAAAAGAAAUGACCUCGAAAAGAAUUGGCAUGGCUGCUCAAAGCAGAUCCAGCGCCAAUUUGGAAAAUGUCAGGCAAGCUCGGACGCUGUCAGAGACCCGACGUGGCAUCCAGUAUGACGAGGCUUCUCCUGUUCAGUCUAGAUCAACAUCUCGACAUCAACACAAUCAAUCCACCGAUGCUGUCUUUGCAUCGCCAAGAAAGACCACUACAGCACCUCCCAACUCGUCCCAUCUUGCCCCUGCGCAAAAUCAUCACACUAGGUCUGUAUCUGAAUCCGUCGCAUAUCCUUCUCCCACAAAGGGACAACAAAACAAGGAAAACUACAAUUCAUCUCAUCUUUCUUCUGAAUACACUGACAUGGAUUCCAUCCAACCUCCUCCACCUCCAGGUCACAGAAAUCCGUUCAAUGCCAAUGGAUAUCCCAAUGAAGCAGAUCCAUUUGACAGCCGGUACAGUUCAGACAGUGACAUCCAGGGCCAACAGACAUAUCCAGAGGAUAUAGUUCGGGAAGUGGGAGAAUCCACUCCUCCGGCACCGGUGGUGGUACCCCCAACGUUCCAGCAUCAAGCAGGAGAAAUACCGCAGAGACGACCUGAUGCAAGACCGGAUCUGAGGCGAGAGAAAAGUCGAAUGUCAAAUGGAACUUUGUCUCAGAUGGUUGACGUGAACAAGUUAGCGAAUGCGAGCCAGAAUAGUGGGGGAGUGGGUCAAGCAGCGGGACACGCAGCAAUGGUGGCUUGGAAUAAUGGCAGCAGCCAAGCACUCCCCGGGAGUGAUCAGGGGCCACGAGGGGUAAUUUAUCAAAACCCCAACGACGAAGAAAUAUCUGCUAAUCAACCUGCCUCUCAAGCGACCGCUGUACUAGUAGCAGACCUUGGAAACCCUCAGAUUCCCGCUGAUGUCAGACCUAACCACAUCUCUCCAAUGCCCAACGAAAACAUGAUUAUGCGGAAACCAAUUACUCGAAAACCUGUCCCAAGUUCAAAUCCUUUUCUGUCAUUACCAAUCCGAUCUGAGUCUCCAGACAGCAUGUCUCGAUACUCGGUCUCGUCUGCCGGAUCUCCCAAUUACGACAGUCCGCCUGAAGAUAUUGUCUCUAGACCCUUACCCGAGCGAAGACGGACAGGGGUACUAAAGACUGUCGGAGAUCCCAACCUGGGUACUGCCAAUGUUGCGGAGUCAACCAAAGUGGAUAUACCAAAUGUUGAUUUUGGGACAACAUUUACUCCAAUGCUGACCCCAGGUCAUAGCCGCCCCCCAACUUCUGGUGGUCUGGGAGGGCAUUCGCCAGUGGACCAGCCUCAAACAGCACCGACAACUCCACUGAAUAAAUCCCCGCGUGAUCGCUGGACUCCGACAGACGAAAAAAGAUCGUCGUACGUUGACCGAUCCAGCCCCUCGACACAUCACAGUCGCUCCAACAGCCAGGCAUGGCAUGCAGGUGCAACGAUAGGCCGGCAAAGUCCAGGAGGAGGACUGACGGCGGAAGAAUUUGUUCAGCAACGCGCGGCCACUGCAAGAAUGCCUGGUGGAUAUGUGCCUCAUCGAAGUGUCUCAAGCAGCAAAGUUGAGCAGUCUCCAAACAAGCUACAGAAACGUAAAGACCCUGGUGCUCGGCCCAGCUCAAGAAACUCCCUUCUCAUCGACUACUCUCACCACCUCUCUGCACGAGAACAAGAACACGUUGCUCGAAUGACAGGGGGUCCUCUGAUCAAUGUGGGUGAGAGGAGUCGAACGCCGGAUCCUUCGAUCGGUCUGAUUGGCGCUAUUGAGGCGCGUGAGCAGGAAAGGAGGAAUAUCAAAGAAGGCCUCGCCGGUCAUAUGGUGCAGGAAGCAAUUGCGCAACGGCAAGCAGCUGAUCGUACCUAUGGAUAUCAACAAUCUCCUGUUUACAGCCCAAUGGCAGACACCCGACCAACUUCUCAAUUCAUGAAUGCCUCUACAUCAGUCUGGGGUAUGAAUUCCGGCAUGACAAACCAGCCAUACCAACAAUGGCCAACCCAAAAUACGGCAUCACCUUCUUAUCAACAAGCGAGGUACCAACAACGACAUAGCGGGUAUUUUCCACCUCAGGAGAAUUAUGGGACCUUGUGA